CCCGCCCCCUCCGAGCCCGGCUCGCUUAAAAGCGCGAGCCCCUCAUCCUGAGACUCACUGUUCAUCACUGAGGCUUUAAUCCAGGAUACUAUCUGACCAGCUGGUGACGUCAUGAAGUCCCCGAAGCUGCAGGCUCCAGCGAAGUUCGUGAAGGAGGAGGACCUGAGCGACGUCCUGUGCGAGUUCGACGCGGUGAUCGAAGACUUCACGUCGCCCGUGGAGAAGCGACACUUUCGGUACGACGAGCACCUGAAGACGGUGAAACGGAGGAGCUGCGCGAGCGUCAGCGACAGCGGCAUCAGCGACACUGACAGUGCUGAUUCACUCAACAGAAACAGCUUCAGCUUCAGCGAUGAGAGGCUGAACUCCCCCACCGCGCUCUCCCCCGCCGCAUCCUCCCCCCCUCUGAUGUCACCCAAACCCAAACUGGGAGACACCAAAGAUCUGGAGGACUUCAUCGCCGACCUCGACCGGACGUUAGAGAGCAUGUGACCCACUGCCCUCUGUCAUCUUGGAGAGUAGCCAUGUUGGAAGGAGGGAGUGGAUUACUGAGCAGUUAUCGAGUAGAUCAGAACCCGCUACAUCCACCUGAUCAGAACCUGCUGCAUCCAC